UCAUUUCUUCCGGCUCUAUUCAGUCGAAGGGGCUUAUUUGCCAAUUUAUCUCUGCUGUCGCCUUCAACAAAGCGCAUAAUAUGGAGCUCACAGCUGACUCAACAGCGUUGAGCGAUCUGCUUGUCUCACGAGACCAGAGAGUCGUUCUCCCCUAUUACCCUAUACAGGGCUCCCGACGGUACCUGCGACAGGCAGGAGUGAGAUCGCUGAGGAAAACCCGCAAGCUGAAUCGAGCGGUGGACUUUUGCCUGAUCGAGUGAAACGGAACCCAAGGUCAUUCACCGUUCAUUGGCGACCCAUAUGGAACCUCAAGCUUCUCCAUCAUCGUCCAGAUAUCGGACUGAACCCAUGCGACCCCCUCCGGCCAUCAUGUUCCCUCCCAUACUCAGACCGCCAUCCCCAGCGCGUCCUCAAACUCAGCCGCCUCGACCUGAAGAGCGACCUGACCGUACCGUAGAGCCUAUCGCCUGGGAGGAUGAGCGACCUGCUCCACCGAUACCAUAUCGCAAACCUCCUCCCGGGGCUGCUUAUGUUCCACCGACCGACCGACGAUUUGUCGAAACGCCUCUCACAUGGUAUGACGCGGAAAAGGAUCCUGGAGUGGCUCACUGGGAAAAGAAUCGGCAUCGCAAUCCUCUUAUUUCUCGCCCGGUACAUCGUCCGGCGACAUUCGUGCAUCCUUAUUCUCGGCGAAAUGGGGAGGAUGACGAUCGCCAAAAGGAGAGGGAAGCUCCUCCCCUAGACGAGGAUUUGGCGAGACACUCA